GAGGUCGCACUAGAGGCCGUCACUCCAGACAUCAAGCUUUACAUUACCGCGUCUCUGUUAGAUAUCAAGGUGCGGUUCAGGCUGGCAGGGACUUGGCCCGGCGAAGGAGACAUCGAGAUCCUUGCCAAGAAGGCCGGCGGCUUGUUCAUCUUUGCCUCCACUGCUGUCAAGUUCAUCGAAGACCGGAAAUACUGGAACAGCCCUCGUCGACAGCUCGAGAUACUCACAUCCGCCACGGCGUCAGAUGGCUCCUACCGACUACUGGACUGGCUGUACCUGCAGGUGCUCGAGAUCACAUUCCCUGACAUGCCCGAAGACCUGUCGGGGUCAGAGCUCAAGUCGAUCCUAGGGUCUAUCGUCACCAUUCAAGAUCCUCUCUCCCUUUCCGGCCUCUCGCGACUGAUCGGACUGCCUGCUGACACGGUGUACAGCUCCCUCAUGGGUCUCCACUCUGUCCUCGUCGUGCCGGAGUCCGAAGAGUCCAAGUCGAACAUCCGUAUCAUCCAUCCUACCUUUGCCGAGUUCCUAACUGACGCGACUCGAUGCACGAACCGAUCGUUCACCGUUAACUCACAGCAACAGCAUACGGAGCUACUUUGCGGAUGUCUGAGGGCUCUGCAAGAGCUAAGGCGGGACAUCUGCGAUAUUCGAGAUCCCUCCUUGCUGAAUACCAAGGUUCCGAACCUGCUCGAGCGUGUGGAGAAGGCGAUACCGCCACAUGUGAAGUAUGCCUGUCGGCACUGGUACACUCAUCUAGUGAAGGGAAACCUUUCGGCCGGGAAUCUCGAACCACUUGUGGAGCUUGUGGAGAACCGAUUGCUGUACUGGGUCGAGGCCUGCAGCAUACUUGGAGUGCUGAGAGAAGCUAUCUCGGGUCUGAGCGAGUCCCGGCGCAAGCUUAUGGACCUGGAUGACGACCGAGCUCGGAAUAUUGCAGUGCUGCUGAACGACUGCGAGCGGUUCAUUGUCGGCUACUUCCCCUCGAUCAGUGGUUCAGCACUGCAGCUGUACCAUUUGAACCCGCUACUUAUUCCGAGGAAGACAGAACUUGCGCGGAUCUACGCAGGCGAGUGUCACGCGGAGAACUCUGUUAAGGUUUUCGGGGGCGUGAUGGACUCUUGGGAUGCUUGCUUGGGCACGGUCACUGCACAUGAAGGUCAGAUGGUCAGCGCCGUCGACUUUUCACCCGACGGCAGGACAAUCGUCUCUUCGGGAGAUGAUUCGAAGAUUCGGUUUUGGGACGCCCUCACAUGCACCCCACUUCUCGUCCUCUCCGAUCCUUCUGGAAAAGUUCACUCUGUCAAGUAUUCCCCGGACGGCGCUCGCGUUGUCUCCGCUGCUCAUGACAGCACAGUCAAGAUCUGUGACGCCAUAUCCGGCGUGCUUCUCUGCACCCUGGAAGGGCAUACGGGGCUGGUCUUCUGCGCAGUCUUCACGCCCAAUGGCCGGCGCAUCGUAUCUGGCUCCUAUGACAAUUCCAUCAAGAUCUGGGAUGCCGAGACAGGAGCCUGUGUGACGACCUUGACCGAGCAUCAAGACUACGUCAGAUCCAUUUCUGUGUCUCCGAAUGGCAUGUGGAUGGUGUCAAGCGCAGAGGACAUGGUCUGCUUGUGGAGCCUGGAGGCGCCGUACACUCAUCGGAUCUUAUUGAAGCGAGAACGCUGGGACUUAACCUAUUCUGUAACAUUCACACCAGACAGUUCCACAGUUCUGGCUGCCCCACAGUACGCAGGCUCGGGGCAGCUGUCUGUCUGGGAUGUCAAGACCGCCGAGCACCUCCGUAACCUUCAGCUAUCGGGCCAACCAUUCUUGUCCACCCGCAGUCCCAGCUUUCCCUCAGCCGGAGACAAAUUCGCGUGUAGUUCAGAGAACUCUGUUCUCAUCUUGGGCCUUGCAAACGGCGAAGUUCGACAAGCGUUCUCCGGGCACACCCGUGACGUCUUCUGUAUCGCCUAUAGCCAAGACGGGACUCGCAUCGUGUCUGGCUCGAAGGAUGGCACUGUUCGACUGUGGGACGCGACGCAGAAAGCAGUGAGCACACUGCAACUCGAGAACGCCAUCAAGUCAUCCGACGCGCCUAGCAAGAAGUCGGCGGACUGCCGAUUGACCAUCUUCUCUCACAAUAAAAGCCGUGCACUGCUGGUACGCGAAAACGAUUCCGUCGAGGUGUACAAGACGGAUACGUGGGAGUGCGCAUACCAGCCUCUGUCCUUACCGUCAAAAUGCACGCACUACGUAGCGUUCUCACCAGAUGACGCGACGAUCCUCACAGCAUCGGAGGGAGAUCGUGGUGGGGUGGCACUCUGGGAUGCGGCUUCUGGGUCACUGCGCGCUCAGUGGGAAGGCAAGCUGGUCGUGGCGUGGUGGUCCCCCUCUUUCCAGGAGACGUCGAUGUGGAGCGGCGUGUUGGGCUAUAUGCCGCACUGCUUCGGCGGCCAGUCGUCGACGAUCAUGUUCUCGCUGGACAGCCGGUACCUGCUCACACCGGCUAUCUCCGUAUCUGGGAACGUUGGGAAACAUUCUGCCUGUCUCUGGGAUGCCGCGACGGGCAAACUCAUCCGCGAGUUUGUCGGACACAGUCGCGACAUUUACUCCGUCGGCUUCUCCCUCGACGGAAAACGCAUCGCAACGAGCUCCCUCGAUAAGACUGUCGUCAUCUGGGACGUCGCGACCGGAGCACGUGUAGCGACGUGCAGGGAACAUGGCGUUGGGGUGCGCUCGGUCGCCUUCUCUCCGAACGGAGAAUACAUCACGUCGGGAGGUGAUGAUUGUCGCGUUAGAGUGUGGAAUGCAGAGGGAGGGGAGCUGCUUCAGUCGUUCGAGGGGCACACUCUCUCGGUAACGUCGGUCGCCAUUGCUCCUGGUGGGGACAUCGUCAUUUCCUCUGACUACGUUGACAUGCGACUUUGGGACAUCGCAACGGGCGCUUGUCUCCUCAUCCUCAACCCGGCUACCUGGAGCAGCACCGUGCGACUGUCCCCUGACGGCCCCGGAGUCCUAGCUGACGAUGAAAAUCGGGUUAUUCAGCUAUGGGCACCUCUCAACGAAGAUACGUCCGCGAUGACAUCGCUUCCUUGGCUCCCGCGCCGCACCUGGCCUAUGUACUACAUCGAGGACGGUUGGAUCUUCUCGCUGACGCCAACUCGGCGGACACGGCUGUGUUGGGUUCCGGUAGACUGGCAGGGCAUAGCAGGAUUCCUUGGGCAGGAUGUGCUGUUUGGGAAGCAGGGUGCUCGGCUCAAUUUCUCGGCGUUGAGUAGUUAUCUUGAAAGCUUGCACACCGAUAGCACGUAGCAAUGUGUUUAGGGUAUCGGCUGCAUUUGUAUUAUCUCUACUUCG